AUGGGCAUAGCACUUACCUGGCAACAUAUCACUACAUAUCUCCUUCUAUACCUACUUUCAAACCUCCCCGCCGUCAUCGUCGCAGUCCACGUCCACAUCCACGACGAGUCCUUCACCCCCGACAUCGUCCUGCGGAUAACAGCAGAGAACUACACCCAAGCAUGCCACGACCGCUACUCUGUUCUGAUCAAUGGGUCCUCUCCGGGACCAGAGCUGAGACUGCAAGAAGGCCGGACCACGUGGAUAAGGGUGCACAAUGAUAUGGAGGUUGAGAACGUUACUAUGCACUGGCAUGGCCUCAGCAUGGUGGUCGCCCCCUUCUCUGACGGCACACCCCUCGCCUCGCAAUGGCCUAUUCCUCCGGGGUACUUCUUCGACUACGAAGUCCGUCCGGACGUUGGCUACGCGGGGACGUAUUUCUAUCACUCGCGUGUUGGCUUUCAGGCUGUCUCUGCUGCGGGCGCGCUGAUUGUCGACGAAGCCGCUCCUUCUUCUCCGGCACCCUACUCGUACGAUGAAGAGAGGAUCAUUGCUCUUGGCGAUUUCUUUCACAGGACGGAUCGUGAUAUUGAGGAGGGGCUUACGGGGAAAAACUUCACUUGGAGUGGUGAGCCGGAUGCGCUGCUUGUUAAUGGUCAGGGUUUACCGAUCAGCAGCAGCAGCAGCAACAGAGGUGGCGGCAGCUCCUGCUCCAUGGCGGCCAUCGACGUCGAGCCCGGCAAGACGUAUCGUCUGCGCUUCAUCGGUAGUACGGCCCUCUCGUUCCUGCGCCUGGAGAUCGAGGGCCACGAGAUGGAGAUUAUCGAAGCAGACGGCCAGUACACCCAGCCAGUGCCUACCAGCUACAUCCAGAUCGGCAGCGGGCAGCGAUUCAGCGCGCUGCUUCGCACAAAGACCGAAAGCGAGCUGGCCCAGAGCAAGGGCCAGGGCAAGGGAUACUUUUAUAUCCAGCUCGUGACGCUCGACCGUCCUGCCGUUCGCACCGCGUACGCCGUUCUGCGGUAUCCCGGUGCAGACGUUGAUCUCAUGACGGCCCCGAGCACGCCUCCUCUGCCCGUCGCGUCGACGACGAACGGAUGGCUGGACGACCAGCUGCGUCCGCUGUGUCCGGCGCCAGACUUCCCGUCUCUGUCGGAGAUCACGCGGCGGAUCGUCAUCAACGUGCAUCAGACCGUCAGCGAGGGCAUCGUCUGGGUCGAGAACGGAUACCCCUGGACCGAGAAUGUCCCCAAGUCGCCGUACCUGAUCGACAUCUACUCCGGCCGAUACGACCUGGACGCAGCGUACGAGCGCGCCCUGGCCAACGGCGGCUUCGACGCCGUCACGCGCACGUUCCCGGCCAAGAUGGGCGAGGUGCUGGAGAUCGUGUGGCAGAACCAGGGCUCGACGACGAGCGGCAACGUCGAGACGCACCCGAUCCACGCGCACGGGCGGCAUUUCUUCGACCUCGGCGGCGGAGAGGGCACGUACGACCCUGUCGCCAACGAGGCGCGGCUGAAUGGCAGCUCGCCCAUGCAGCGCGACACGACGAUGCUGUACCGGUACCGCGAGAAGACGACGCCGGGGGGCAACGCGAGCUGGCGGGCGUGGCGGCUGCGGGUCGACGACGCCGGAGUGUGGAUGAUGCACUGCCACAUCCUGCAGCAUAUGAUCAUGGGCAUGCAGACGGUGUUUGUCUUUGGCGACAGGGAGCAGAUCGUGCGACAGACGGGCACGGCUUCGUAUGGCUAUCUGACUUUUGGCGGGCCGGCCUAUGGCAACAGCUCGCACUGGCCCGAGGUGAUGCAUUUUUUUGACUAG